CCUGUCUUUGUGUAACCAGCAUCCCAUCAUGGUGGCGUUCAAAGGAAUCUGGACCAAAGACUUCUGGAGAGCUGUGUCAGCCGAGUACCUAGCCACCCUGAUCUUCAUCCUCCUCAGCCUGGGCUCCACCAUCAACUGGGCAGCCGAGUCGGACAACCCUCCCCCCGCAGACCUGGUCCUCAUCUCGCUGUGCUUCGGCCUGGCCAUCGCCACCAUGGUGCAGUGCUUUGGACACAUCAGUGGCAGUCACAUCAACCCAGCGGUCACAGCGGCCAUGGUGGUGACCAGGAAACUGAGCCUGGCCAAGGGUGUCUUCUACCUGGCUGCCCAGUGCCUGGGGGCGAUCACUGGGGCAGGGCUCCUCUACCUCGUGACACCAGUGUCUGUCAGAGGGGGCCUUGGAGUGACUAUGGUGAACCCAAAGCUCAACGUGGGCCAAGGCCUGUUGGUGGAGCUCCUGAUCACCUUCGAGCUGGUAUUCACCGUGUUCGCCACCUGCGACCCCAAACGCUCUGACCUUAACAGCUCGGCUGGGCUCGCCAUUGGACUCGCUGUAGCCAUCGGCCAUCUGUUCGCAAUCCCAUACACAGGAGCCAGUAUGAACCCCGCUCGCUCCUUUGGGCCUGCAGUCGCCACCAUGAACUUUGAAAACCACUGGGUGUACUGGGUUGGUCCAAUCCUGGGUGGCAUCAUAGCGGCUGCCCUCUAUGAAUACCUGUUCUGCCCGGUGUCACGACUGAAGAAGAUGCUCCGGGACUUCUUCCAGAAGGAUCCGGCGUCGACCAAGUACAGGGAGGUGGAGGGCAGCGUGUACCAGGGGGAACCAGAUGACCUGAUCACCAAGCCAGGCUCCAUCCACCACAUCGACCUGGAGAAGGGGGAAAAUAAGGAUCCUUUCCGGGACUCGACGGGCGAGGUGCUGUCAUCCGUAUGACUACCACAGGCACUGGAGAGGGAGACCAACCUGUAGAGCAGGGUGAGAUCCAGAGAGAGACACUUUCAGUCUAGGUACUCCACCACUGCAGCCCCUUACUCCAAGCCCCCCCAUGCCUUAACCCACACAGACUCACUUCUCAGGCAGAAUAUGAUUGCUGCAUGUCCUCUCAAUGCAGGUGUAUUAUUGUAUAUGGAGGUGAGCCUCCCUCAACAUUUGUGAACUAACUGGAUAAUAUAACUUUGCACACUGCUCCCACCAAUUACCCAUAUCAUAUGACAUCUAUUGAUCUCUGCAAUCUUGUCCCAUCAUCUUCUGGACCAGAUGUGUUUGCUUGUGGCACUCUACUACACUGCAGGGUGAUAACAAUACACUAUACUUCAGGGAUUUCUGUCAGGGAAAAAUGUCCAGGUCAACCAUUUACAAUGGGUCAUCACACUGAAAUUGGAAACUGGAGAGAAAACUUCAGGCUUAUUCUUUUUGGAUUAGUGUCACAAAUUGUAUAAGAUAUAUUAUUUACAUUUUAGUCAUGUAGCAGAUGCUCUUAUCCAGAGCGACUUAG